CGUGUCAUUUCCAGCUAGUUCCUGGCUGCCAGCAGCUUAUUAGAACCUAAACUGAGUAACUGAACCAUAACCGAGUUUAAGAUACUAAUGCUGCUAGAUCUCUAACUGUUUUCUGUAGGUUGUUAGAAGUCUCUGGAGCAUAUUGAGGAGGAAAAAGUGGGCGAUCUAGUGGAUGAGUCUCCAUUUUCACCGACCGAACAUAGGUGAAUUGGAGGACAAGGGACCCCACUGUCUGGGAGCUGCUAUUUCAUUCUACCUUCUAUGCUGAUUGUGAGAAGCUGGCCUCUUAUCAUGUCAACAGAAGCUGAAACUAACAUGAGCAACCAGCCAGACCAGGCUGCUCCCUCGAAGACUACGCCAAAGAAGGAGAGGAAGAAAGUCCCAGAGAAGACAGAUGUGUUUCUGCUGUCCAGAUUCAAAGGUGAUGGCGUGCGGUAUAAAGCCAAGCUGAUUGGCGUGGAUGACGUGCCUGAUGCCAGAGGGGAUAAAAUGAGCCAAGAUUCCAUGAUGAAACUGAAGGGGAUGAGCGCUGCCUCUCGGUCGCAGGGAAAACAUAAGCAGAAAGUUUGGAUCAACAUAUCCCUGUCUGGCAUCAGAAUUAUUGAUGAAAAAACUGGGGUAAUAGAGUAUGAACAUGCAGUGAAUAAGAUUUCUUUCAUCGCACGGGAUGUGACAGACAACCGAGCCUUUGGCUACGUCUGUGGUGCUGAAGGCCAGCAUCAGUUCUUCGCUAUUAAGACUGCCCAGCAGGCAGAUCCAUUGGUUGUCGAUUUGAAGGACCUUUUCCAACUAGUUUUCAACAUGAGAAAGAAGGAACCAGAGGGCACAGACAAGUGUGAUGAACAGAUUAAUCCUUUUGGACACACAUCAUCACCACCAGAUUUACAAUCCUCCUCGGAGACUAAAGAUGUCCUGUUGUUGGAUCUUUCCACUGACAUUGACAGCAAUCAAAACUGUGUAAAGGGAGAGUGUUUGGCAGCUUCCUUUGUCCCUCAGAUAAUGCCUGAAUCAAAUCCCUCCCUCGAAAAGCCCUGCCCUCCUCAGGCUAGCUUCUUUCCCACUUCCAUGCCAGACCCCUUCAGCGAUGACCCCUUCCCAAAAAACAAAGACUAUCCCGCACAGCCUAACCCUGUGGCUCCCCCCAUGGUUUUCAACCGCAGACAAGUAAGUCUCAAUCAAUUCUGUAGCUCACCGAAUGUCAAUGGUCACCAUAAUGGUGACCCUGACUGCUUAACUCAACAGUUUGAUGAGCUAUCCAUUAGGACUGUUACCCAGGCAUCAUCUGACAGCCAGUGGCCAGUAGAGUGUGGGGUUGCAGAGGAGAUCCCAGUGAAACAGCAGAAUGGUUUACAAUACGGAUACACCCAGAAUCCUUUUCUUGAAGUAUCUGAUAAAAGCUUACCCUUGCUAAAUGUUGUGAAAAAAGAGUCAGGGGGCAUCCCUGAGCCCCCGUGUCACCCAGCCAAGGAUUCAGUGAUCAUUAGCCCUCCUCCACUCAACACAAAGGCUGGACGAGGAAGGAAAGGCAUUAAGAUCUCCACAAACAACCCAUUUGGAACAGACCAGUAUGCUUCAUCCAGUCACAGAGAAUCUGGUCCACCACAGCCAGAUAUUCAAACCAAACCUGUUGCUCACUUUAGUGGUGAUCCAGUAAACAGCAACACUGCAAUGCUAAGUUUGGGAACUUUGUCGUUGGGUGCUCCAGCUCCAAACUUACGGGCAGCUCAGUGGGGUGAAGCAGAGCCCUCCAUAUUCCCUGUUCCUGAUAGCACUUCUCAGUCCACUUCUUACCCCCAGUUUUCAGUGUUUGGUGUCUCACCAGCACCUGUGUGGGGCCAAGCACCACCAGCAUUUGGAAUCGCUGCUCCUCCGCAGCUCCUGACCUGGGGUCACACAGCUGCAAUGGCACCACCUGGUGGAUGGUUUCAGGAUUCUCAUAUGGGUAAUCCCUUCCGGCCCAACAUACUUCCAACCAGAACACACCUGUCCUCCAGUCCUACACCAGAACCUCCAUCACAGGCAACUCCAUUGAAGGGGAUGUCAAUGGUGGAAAAUGAUGCCUUCGCAGCUCUAGACCCUCUACAGCAGGAGCAGAAAAAUGGGAAGGAUAUGUUCAAAGAUUUCCAGAAAGUUAAGCCUCUGCAGGUCUCUGCUGAGAGAGGUUCCCCGUGUCCAAGCCCCCCUGCCUCAGCCCCUCUGGUCAAGCCCCCCACCCAGCCUGUUGCAACAGGCUUCUGUAGCAAGCCUUUCUCAUAAGUGAUGUCCAUCCUGCCCGUCAGCAAAAAUAAAGCCCUUGUCAUCCAGAUGUAACCAAUGAAGAUUCCAGCUGCUUCAACCCAGUCCACAAACUUAAGAUACAGAUGAUAUAAUUAAUCAAAACCUCAUGUACCAAUCAGACCAACGAAUGACCAAAGUGAAUUAACAUCACGUAUGGACCUUUAGUCAAAUCAGUGUUGAGUGGUGUUCCCCUUGUUAUUUAGUACUUAUGGAUAUGGAGAGGUGCCGGUACUCCCCUUGUUAUUCAGUACUAGCGGAUAUGGAGUGGUGCCGAUACUCCCCUUGUUAUUUAGUACUUAUGGAUAUGGAGAGGUGCCGGUACUCCCCUUGUUUUUCAGUACUUAUGGAUAUGGAGAGGUGCUGGUACUCCCCUUGUUAUUUAGUACUUAUGGAUAUGGAGAGGUGCUGGUACUCCCCUUGUUAUUCAGUACCAGGGGAUAAGGAGAGGUGCCGGUACUCCCCUUGUUAUUCAGUACCAGGGGAUAAGGAGAGGUGCCGGUACUCCCCUUGUUAUUCAGUACCAGGGGAUAAGGAGAGGUGCCAGUACUCCCCUUGUUAUUGAGUACAAGGGGAUAAGGAGAGGUGCCGGUACUCCCCUUGUUAUUGAGUACAAGGGGAUAAGGAGAGGUGCCGGUACUCCCCUUGUUAUUCAGUACCAGGGGAUAAGGAGAGGUGCCGGUACUCCCCUUGUUAUUCAGUACCAGGGGAUAAAGUGAGGUGCUGGAACUCAAGCAAAAAAAAACAGAUGUGUUGGUACUACCUAACGGUGACUACCGGGUCACUUCAAGCACUGAGUCAAAGCAAUCUGCAGAGUAAAUAAAACUAGAUCCUGCAUACAGCAGUCCCAUAAAACACACUAUAACAUGUGAUUAGUAUUGUAUGGCAUUAAAGAGGGUGUGUUGAUUGCCCGCAGAUUAUUGUGUAUACUUCACUGGGAACAACUAAUGUGUACUUUUCUCCCAUUUUAUGCAUUAUACCCAUGUUCCUUUAAGUAAUAAAGUUCUUCAUGAUGUUGUACAGUUCAAGGAAAUGAGUGAAUUGAUUGCUUAUGAUUGAAUGUUAAAGUAUAUUUUAAUUAGAAGUUGGACUUAAGGAGUGGAUGACCUAUAAUAAUGUCAAAACUAGUUAUUAAGUCUUAUGUAGUUGUUUAUUUUUUUCUAAGUAAACUGCCACAUUUAGAUGGUAUAAUCUUUUUAUAUUGUGUGUAUUGUUCAUCAGUCAAAUGACAACCUGUACUAGUUUAUAUAAAGGUCAUUUCUAUAUUUAUUAUUUAAACUAUGAUGAUACUUUCUUUUUUAGACUAAAGUCAGUAUAUUUAAGCAAAUCUCAUUUGCCUGGACAUUUGCAACACCACAUGAGGAAAAUGUUUUUUCUGGUCAAUGUGACACACCAUGUACAGUAUGAUGUCAAAACCUGGUGUAACUACUUAUAUAAGCAGUUCAACUUACGAAUUUCAUCAUAUAUUAAUAUUAAAUGAAGACAGUGUUGCAAUACAUGACUUAUUCUCUGAAUCAGGUGCCCUUUAGUCCCCCAGACUUCUUCAAAGAUUUUCAAUUGAACCCUUAAUCCCCUAUAAAAUAAUGUAUCAGUCCCUGUGACAUCAGCAUUGAGGAAAUGACAUCACCCAAGUCUUUUGAACAAAAUGCUGCAAAAAAAGUCUUUUGUUACCUAUUUUCAUUGUUUUAACGUCAGAUUGAGAUUGUAAGUUUCAACAUUUUAACUUUACUCUAUGAAUAUAUGAUAGUACACUAUUGUUUAGGAAAAAUAAACAAUAAUGUUGCAAAAGA